CUUUGUUUUAAGUUGAUUUCCUGUAGAUACCAUAGUAUUCAUUGUUUAAUCACAACUUUUGUUAUCAGAUGUUUACUGCUAUUGGACAAAAUUUAAUGUUGGGGUUACCAAAAAUGAAAUUCAAGAAAGGUAUUCUAUUUAUUUAUAUUUGUUACAUGCCCACCAACAGUCAAGGGCUUUUUGGUGGGCACAAUACAUACAACAAAGACAAAUAGGACAAAUGAGGUCACUGCAGGUACGUAGGCACAAGAGCAGGCAGCUCCGCCUGAAGGAAGAACCACUACAAGUAGGCGCUUCUGCAAUUGGCCAACACACACAAGUAGAAUGUACCACAUACCUGCAGUGGCAUGGCAGACAUUAGCAAACACUGACAGGUUAUAAAACAAUUAAGACUAUAUUAAAUGUCAAAUAAAAACAUAAAAAGCUACAUGAAAACCUUGAGAUAUAUAAUAAAGUGUUAACUGUUGCAAUUCUAGGAAUAUUAUAAAGGAAAUAAUCAAAUAUAGUAACAAUAACAUGAAAACAAUUAAUGAAUUAACAUAACACAAUAAUGUCAAAGUACCAAUAAUAAAUACAAAUUAAACUAAAGAUAUUUAAUAAUAGAAGUAAACUUGAAAGAAAUUAGUUAAACAUAUAAGAUAUUCCAAUUAGAAAUUGUACCUGAGUUUAUAAAUUAUUAAAUUUCAUAUUAGGUUUAUUAUAAUUAGAAAUUGUGAUAAAUUUAUAGGAAUAGGUAUUACUAGAUUGUAAUGACAAGAAAAUGGAAUGACUAUAAAUUAGUUUGAAAGAUGCAAGCAGGUACUGGUUGAUUUCUAGGUUAAAUGAAUUCAUAAUUUUGUAGGAAUCUGUGAAUGUCAUUUAUUCAUCAAAUUGUUAUGAAGAGCCACUUCAACUUUGGUUCAGAUGUGUAUGUUUUAUUUUUUUUUGUGGUAAAUACAACUCUGCUCUUGUCUCGCUUAUGGAAGCACUCCCAGGCAACCAUGGACUCCACAGACAGGAUAAAGGUACCUCAAGCUUCAUGACCUUCCUGCCUUUCUUAUUGUGUGGCUGGGUUGUCAGGGGGGCCCCCUUCACCCUCAAAAUCCCUGGGGUCUGGGCAUCAGCCCCCCCCCCUUCCCCCCCCCCCCUUUCACUGGUUGAGUUUGAAGAUUAUUUUUCCUGCUUGGGUUUUCUGUAUUAUGAUGAAAAUUACAAUUCUGUUGUUAAUAGAAUUCACAGUAAACCUUAUAAGUAUACCUAUGUGAUACGCACAUAUUAUAUACAGUUUUGGCCACUGUGUCAUUUACAGUCUAAAAAAGCACAGAGAUGCAAAACAAAUUAAGGAUCCAUUCACUGAUAUGUAUUCAUGCAUGCACUGUGAAAAUAAAGAAACUAAUGAUGAUAACAAGGACCUGUUGUUCAUCAUAUUGUGUUCUAAGCCAGCGGGAGCUUACCACAGUUUAAAACAUUUUUGCACCGACAUUUAAAAUUUAUUUUAUUAUGUAUGAAUCUGCACUGAUUUUGUAAAAUUUAAAAUAAAUAAACCAGGUACCUGUUAAAAUCUUAUGGUUUGUUAAAUAUUAUGCACCUUAUUUGCCAGUGGAAAAAAUACAGGCAGGGGACAUAUUGUUUGGUGCAGCAAUCUAUAUAUUUGCAGGUUAUGAUGUUAAUCAGAAGGUUAAUCUUCUUUUAACUGAAAUAUCAUUAAAAAGGAUUAAACUUCAUGUGUUGGAAUCCACUGACUGGUUGUGCGUAUUUUGACGUAUCAGUAUUUCCAGUUAUUUUUUAAAAUGCUCAAAUUUUGGUUGUAUUUUAUCUCAAGGAAAAACUAUAAAGACCAUGUGCUGGAAUAUGUUUUAUUUUUUUUAUAUUGUAUUUAUUGGUGCAAAAUUCAUGACAAAUUUAGUCCUUUUUAAGAUUUGAGGUUCUGUAAAAAAUUAUAUUUUGGUUGUGCCAUUGUGGUGAAGGGUACAUCAAAAAUGUGGAAUCAGAUUUCAGAGUGCCAAAAAAAGUUUAUCAAAUUCAAUUAGUACAUAUUACGAAGGUACCUAGUCAAAUAGUGAAAAUGAGUUUUUUCUGUACUAUGUUUACAUAAACACUUUGCAUUUCAUUAUCUAAUAAAUAUGUCAUAAUAUGUUAAGCAAUUAUGCAAAAAUCUGGUAUUUAAAUGUUUUGGGAAGAUCAAGCACCUUUUAUUUACAUUUUUUUUUUUGGCUGGACAUGUAUUGUUGGUUUUUGCAGAGCAUUGUUGUGGGUUGGAGUAUAACACAUCUGGGUUAUCACUGUUGACAGCUUUUUGAAGAAAAACAUUAUAAAAUAUAUUACUAGAGGUUGAUUUAUUAAUUUGUGGCCUGGCUAACUUAGGCCUAACUGCAGUAAAAAUGUUACCCUCCCCACAAUUCUAAAUUUUGUAGUUAGUAACACAUUUCAAACAGGUUGACAUAAAAUUCUAUAUUUUAUAAGUUCAUAUAUUUCAUUUGUAAAUUAGUCUUUAGCUUCAUUCUUUUUUAAAAUCAAUAGAAAUCUUCAGAACUAGAGUUUGUCAUAUUAUUCCUGGCACUAGCAAUAAUUGCACAGCAGACAAAAUGUAAUAUUUGAGGUUUUGAAGUUUAAACGCUUGAUUUUAAAAGUUGCAAGUUCGUGGCUUCAAACGUAGUGUCCAGGACAGCCACAUUUAUAUCCUGUAACAUAACAUGUUCUCGUGUUCUUCGAAAUACUUUUACCAAAAAGUGCGGCGCGUAGAAUCGGAUACAAGUUGCUUCAUGGUUAUGUUAAUACGCGCAUUCCUUUCUCGAGGCAUGUGGCAGUUGAUUGGCCAGAGAACAUGAGUUGAAGGUGACGUCACAGAGCCCACGAUAAUGAGGUAUUCAACAUGGCGGAGUAGAUGGUUUGUGUGUACCAGUUGCUAUAGUUUUGGAUGGAAGUGAAUGGUGAAAUAUGCCAAGGAGACGAAAUGGAGAGAUACCAUUGCCCGAUGGAUGGGAUUUCGCGAGGGAUUACGAUGGGAAGAUUUAUUUCAUCGACCACAAUAGCAAGAAAACGACAUGGAUUGACCCACGAGACAGGUUCACCAAGCCCCAGAGCUUCGCGGACUGCAUCGGCAACGAGCUGCCCCUCGGCUGGGAGGAGGCCUACGACCCGCAGAUCGGCGCCUACUUCAUCAACCACGUCAACCAGUGCACGCAGCUGGAGGACCCGCGCGACGAGUGGCGGGCCAUACAGGAGGCCAUGCUGCGCGACUACCUGCAGACGGCGCAGGACGUGCUCGAGGCCAAGAAGGAGAUCUACGAUGUGAAGCAGCAGAGGCUGUACUUGGCGCAAGACGAGUACAACCACCUGCACAGCGCGCUCACCACCCUCAACACCUCGCGCACCAGCUUGUGCUCCAGCUCCAGCUCCGUCAGCACCAAGUACGACCCCGACCUGCUGAAGGCCGACGUGGCGCUCGCCAGGAGCCGCGUGUCGCGUCUCAAGCGCGAGCUGGAGCAGAUCCGCGCCGAGAUGCACUGCACCGAGCGGGGAGUCGAGACGCUCACCUCCGUGGAGCAGAAGCUGAGCGCGCACCAGGGGGGCUACAACAUCAGCGAGGCGCAGGCCAUCGUCGCAGAGCUGCACAACAUCCAGAAGUCGCUGUCGUCGGGCGAGAAGGAGAAGGCGGAGCUGAUGCAGUCCCUGGCCCGGCUGAAGGACGACUUCACGCGGCUGCAGUUCGGGGAGAGCUCGCCCGACGUGUCCACGCUGAGCAUAGCCCAGGAGAAGCUCAGCACCGCGUCCCAGACCGACCUCUCUGGGGAGUUGGUUCCGAUUGGAACCCGUCUCGCAGAGAUGGCGCGAAUGAGGCUGCAGUACGACGAGGCUAGAAAGCGAAUCCAGCACAUCCAGCAGCAGUUGGCGGACCUGGAAGAGAAGGUCACUCCAGGACAGGCAGAGUCCGACAAAGACAGGCUGCUCCUGUUCCAAGAGAAGGAACAGCUGCUGAGAGAGCUGCGCAGCAUCACGCCGCGGUCGCGCAGCCAGCAGGAGAUGAACGGCAUCCAGCUGGAGAUCCGCCGACUGGAGCAGGACCUCAACAACGCCCUGGAGAUGUCCAACCGGGCCAUCACCGACCGGUUGCGGCUGCACGAGGAGAAGCAGCUGCUGCUGCAGCAGCUGCGCGACGCGCUGCGCUCCAUGACGCAGCUGGAGUCGCAGCUGAAGACGCUGUCGGCCAGCACGCUGAGCGUGAGCUCCAGCUCCAGCCUGGGCUCCCUGUCCACCACCUCCUCCAAGGGCUCGCUCAGCUCGGCGCUCAGCUUCACCGACAUCUACGGCGGGCCCGUCCCGGACGCCCGCCCCGUGGACAUGGUGGACCUGCACCGUCGAGUGGAGCGCCUGCUGGGGCCCGCCACGCCCCCGCCCGCCUACCGCUGCCUCGCCGACCUGCCCGGCGGCGCCAACAUGUCCCAGGGCUCCGGCCUGGGCCGGCCCGACCCCCCGCUCUCGCCCAUCUCGGAGACCCCGCCGCCGCUGUCCGCCCCCUCCUCCGGCACCGACACCCGCUCCGUGUCGGCCGCCGUCAGCGACGAGUCCGUGGCCGGGGACUCGGGCGUGUUCGAGGCGUCCGACAAGCGGCGGCCCCUGCUGGGCGCGGGCCUGGACGAGCUGAACCUGGAGGCCGCCCAGGUGCAGAUCAAGCUGCGGUACUCGAUGUGCGACAGUCUGCUGCACGUGGGCAUUGAGAGGGCACGGAACCUCGCUGCCUUGUCCAUCGCAGACAACUGCAGAGUGUGCAUCAGGGCGGCGCUGCUGCCCGGCCCGUACCCCGCGUGCUGCACCAGGCUGGUGUCGGAGCUGCGCAAGCCCGCCUUCGGGGAGAGCUUCCCGCUGCCCGUGCCGCUCGGCAAGCUGUACACCAAGACCCUGCAAGUGAGGGUGUGGUGCAGCGACGCCGCGCAGCGCGAGGAGUGCCUGGGCUGCGCGCAGGUCAGCCUGGCAGACUUCAGCCCUGAGAGCACGUCCGUCAAGUGGUACAACAUCCUCAGCUUCCGCUUCAUGCAGGCCCCCUCGGAGCCGGGCGAGGCGGAGGGGGCGGAGGGGGCGGGCCGGCCGGCCAAGGAGGAGAGCUCCGACGACUCCAGCAUCAUCUCCUCCCAGACGUCCACCCUCACCCGCAACCAAGGCCUGCAGCCGGGCAUAAGUGCGGUGAAGCUGGUGGAGGUGAACAGCCGCGAGGAAGAAGAGGAAGAGGAGGACGACGAUGAUGAUGACGAGGAUGACGACGAUGACGAAGAGGGCUACAUCGUGGAGUUCUGUCAGAGCGGCAUGCUCGAAGACGUCUUGGAACAUGUGGAGGAGGAGGGGGGCGUGUCGGACGGGCUGGGGCCGGAGCCGAGCACGGACAUGCUGGACAAGGAGACCAACACGGAGUGCGUGUUCAUCCCGGCGAAGGGGCUGCGCAAGCACGGCAGCGACGAGCUGCACGCCAUCCUCAUCAAGCGCUCCCAGACCUUCAGCCCCAGCGCGGCCGUGUGCCGCUCACAGUACAUCUGCCGGCUGAAUCGCAGCGACAGCGACAGCUCGGUGCCGCUGUACCGGAAAGGCGGGCCGUUCCAGCGCAACUCGGUGGAGAGGCGGUCCCUCAGGUGGAGGCGGCCUCCUGGCACCGUCAUCGUGUCCAAGCACCGCGGUGCCAGCACUGCGCAUCCCAGCGGGCACCAGACGGCGCGCACCUCGCUGGACCUGGAGCUGGACCUGCGGGCGCAGCACACGCGCCUGCACACGCUGCAGGACGAGCUGGGGCGGCUGCGAGAGCUGAAGGCGCGGCUGGAGACGGGGCGGGCCCAGGGCGACCAGGAGCUGGCCUCGUGGGUGCUGGAGGACCAGCAGUUCCACAACCUGCUCGCCCAGGUUGAGACCGGGAAGGCUGGGAAGAAUGAAGAAGAGCGAAGGGUUGAGAAGAUGUUGAAGAAAACGUCUAAAGAAAUAUAUAAACUGCGGAAAAGCAAAGCGGGGAAAGGAAAGCCGGACAUCAUCUCUUUUAAGGAGAAGAUGGCGUUCUUCACGCGGGUGAACGUGACGGUGCCGGUGCUGCCCCCGGAGGAGGUGGCCGAGGACAGCGAGGACAGCCGGCAGGUGGAGGGGAGGGGGUGUGCGGCGGGGAGGUACCACUACGUGGUGGACCGGGCGCUGGGCGUCGAGGUGUGAUCCGUCGUCGCCGUGCGUUGCGUUUGUUUUUGCCCACCGAUGGCCUGGAAACCUGCAGCUGGACUGCGUUUGGGCUUCCCGCCCGUAGUCUCCGGUCGAGCUCCGAAUACUCAGUGUGUGAUGUGUGUUGGAUGCACGGCUAAUUCAGAAUCGUAAUUAUAAACAAGUAGUCUAAAUUACGUGUUGGCAUUCGUGUGCAAAAACUGUACAUUCCUUGUAAAUUUUUACAACUGGAAUAAUGUUCAGGAUAUUAGAGCCGUAAUAACGAAGGAUUAAGGACUUGUUUUUGUUUCAGUGAUGAAUUUAUUUUUUGCAGAAAUUAAUGUUGCAAGUACUUCUACAUAAUUUGAUGCAGCCACUAAUUCUUAAAUUAUAUUUUGAAUUAUUUUAAAGUGAAAAUUAUAUGUGUAACAAAUUCAUAACUUGUGCAACUUGUUCGAGUUAAGGUGCCUUUACAAACACACGUAUCAUUGGCAUAUUCUUAGUGCCUUUCAGAAUCCAUCCACAUUGACAUUCACUCGUUGAAUCAGCACUUGUAAUUUAUUCAACACUUUUGAAAUGUGUAUUUUUCAAGUUCUACGCCUGAAACCAUUAUUCUUUAUAAUGAUGUGUUUUGACUCUGUCAAGUAAGUAAUAAGUAAAUUCUCUAAUGCUAGAUCUGAUUAGUCGACUAUGUAAGUUUCAGAAUUGUUGUUGUCUGAUUGCUCUGUUUGCCAAAUUUUUGUAUAUUUAGUUUUGUUGCUGUAAGUUUACAAGAAUUGCCCAGAUAUGUUUUUAUCGGAAAUGAGUAAAUAACUAGCCAUAUUGAAGAGUCAAGUGAUGCCUCAGUUGAGCAUAGUGAUAAUCUCGUGUGAAUAAUAUUUUGCUGAAACUUUUGCAUUAACUUGCAACUUUUACAUUCUUGCUCAUACUGUUUGUUUGUGGUAAUUAUUUUGGCUCAUUUUAUUGGCUUUCACAUCACUGUAAAAUAUUUAAAUAUUAUAUUAAAUCUUUUUUAAAUGUAUGUUGCUCAUCUAUUUAAAUUAUACCUCUUUCGGUUUGGGAGCGGCCUUAACUUUUUUUUUUAAUGUUGAGAGGUUUAAUAUAUAUGUGAUAAGCUUGCUGGUCACUGGGUGAAUCUUGGGCAUAUUUUGAUGCCAUUUUUUACAGGUGACAGCGAUGGGUAUGACUUUAAUCAUAACUUUUUUCAUAGAAGACAUUGCGGUAUUUGUCUGUUGUAAAUGUAAAAUAUGUACAGUAUUUUUUGUGUAUUUUUUAAAACAAAUCUUUUUAACAUACUAUGUUAUGUUCUAUGUAACAAAGCCUUUAUUGUUGAAACUGUCUUGUAUAUAUUCAAUUGCCAUAGUAAACUAGAACAUUAUUUAUGAUA